UCUCUCUGCGCGUUGUGUAUUAUCAUUAUCAUUGAUUCACGAGGGGAAUGCGUUCAGAUGAUUCGCUCUCCUCUCAGUCAGGGCCAGCGCUUCACGGAGAGCCGCUGGAGGGACGUGAGGGUGGGCGACUUCGUCCGCCUGGGCUCCAGCGAGGUGGUCCCGGCGGACCUGCUGCUGCUGGCCAGCUCGGACCCCCAGGGCGUGUGUCUGCUGGAGACGGCCAACCUGGACGGGGAGACCACGCUGAAGCAGAGGAGGGCCGUGGCCGGCCUGGGCCGUCCUGCGACAGAGUUUGACCCCGAGAACUUCAACUGCCUUGUGGUGUGUGAAAGGCCCAACGACAAUCUGAAUCACUUCAAGUGUUACGUGGAGAGGCCUGAUAAGGUGAGGGUGGGCGUUGGUAUUGAGAGCCUGCUGUUGAGGGGCUGCACGGUCCGGAACACCGACCAGGUGUUGGGCUUCGUGGUGUACGCAGGCCGUGAGAGCAAGUCCAUGCUGAACAUCAACCGGCCGCGCUACAAGCGCAGCAAGCUGGAGCGGGCGCUGAACCGCGACGUCCUCUGCUGCGUGGCGCUCCUCUUCUCCAUGUGUCUGGUCGGCGCCGUGGGUCACUUCAUGUGGCGCCGCUCGCUGCCCGGAACCCCCCCCUACCUGGUCCCCGACCCCCAGGGGUCUCUGGACGCCCCAUCCCUCUCCGCCUUCUACAUGUUCUUCACCAUGAUCAUCCUGCUCCAGAUUCUGAUCCCCAUCUCGCUGUACGUGUCCAUCGAGCUGGUGAAGAUGGCCCAGGUGUUCUUCAUCACCAACGACGUGGACCUCUACGACGCUGAGUGGGACCGCCGCGUGCAGUGCAGGGCGCUGAACAUCACCGAGGACCUGGGCCAGAUCCAGUACGUCUUCUCCGACAAGACGGGCACGCUGACGGAGAACAAGAUGGUGUUCAGCCGCUGCUCCGUCAUGGGCACGGAGUACCCCCACAAGGAGAACGCCAUCCGCCUGGCAGUGGUCGACGAGCCGGAUCCGGACCAGGAGGUGGUCUUUGACCAGAGGCCCCGCCGCCGCAGACCGCCCGGGUGGACCCUGGCGGGGGGGGAGGAAGAGGAGGAGGAGGAGAGCGGAUCGGGGGCAGGCCAGCGCUCCCAUGCCGCCCCGCCCAGGAGCAAGGCAGCGAGAUCCGCCCACGGGGACGUGGCCUUCAGCAGCCCGCUGGAAAAGGAAGUGGUACCAGACAAGGCGCUGCUUCAGCAGAUCGUGAAGAUAGACUUCAGCGGCGGAGGACGAGAGGUAGAUCCCUACCUGGACUUUUUUCUGGCUCUCGCCAUCUGCAACACGGUGGUGGUUUCCACGGCAACAGCACAGAGAGAGAGGUUGAGCCAACUUUCCAGCGGCUCCGUCUCCACCGGCCCGUCGUACGCCCUGUCCAGCCUGGCCCAGAAGGUGGGCUCUCUGCGCCGGAGCCUGGCCUCCUGGAAGCCCCUGACCCGGGGGGCCAGCCCGGACUCCCAGGUCCUGGCCCCAGAGGAGGAGGAGGAGGAGGAGGUGGACGAGGAGGAGGAGCGCGGCCGGGCGUCAGGCCGUGCCGGGGACAUGGACGCGCUGAGGAGCUGCCGGCUGGUGGUGGACUCGGACGAGGUCCUGUUUGAGGCGGAGAGUCCGGACGAGGCGGCGCUGGUGUACACGGCCAAGGCGUACGGGUUCACCCUGCUGGCCCGCGGCCCCGCCAGCGUCGCCGUGAGGCUCCCCCACGGGGAGAGGCUGGAGCUGGAGGUGCUGGACACCUUGUCAUUCGACGCCCACCGGAAGCGCAUGUCGGUGCUGGUGCGCUAUCCCGUCACCGGGGAGAUGGUGCUCUACACCAAGGGAGCGGACUACACCCUCAUGGAGCUGCUGGGCUCGCCCUGCGCAGAGCAGCUUAACGACGACCAGAGGAGCGUCGCAGCAAACUGCCAGAAACACCUCGACCAGUACGCCAAGGAGGGGCUUCGGACCCUGUGCUUCACCAGAAAGACGGUGAGCGAGAGAGAGUACAGCGAGUGGUCGACGCUCAGGCAGACCGCCCUGGCUGCCAUGGACAACCGAGGGGCGCAGGUCAGGGACAGCGCCGUCCACCUGGAGAGAGACCUCAGCCUCCUGGGGGCCACGGGCAUUGUGGACCGCCUGCAGGACAGCGUGCCUGACACCAUCGAGGCUCUGAGGGAGGCGGGCAUCCAGGUGUGGGUCCUGACCGGGGACAAGCCGGAGACAGCUGUCAACAUCGCCUACGCCUGCAGGCUGCUGGAUGAGGGAGACAUGGUCAUUAACAUGAGCUCCAAGGACAAGCGCCAGUGCGCGUCCAUGUUGGACUGCACCCUGGAGGCGGUCCGGCGCUACCCGCCGGGCCCGGACGGCGCCGUCACCGACCCCACCGUCGCCAUGGUGAUCGACGGCCGCACCCUGGCCAUGGCCCUGGAGUCGGACCUGCAGGAGCGCUUCGUGGAGCUGGCCCGCCGCUGCCGCUCCGUGCUCUGCUGCCGGGUCACGCCCGUGCAGAAGAGCGCCGUCGUCAAGGUCAUCCGGGACAAGCUCAAGGUCAUGACCCUCGCCGUAGGGGACGGGGCGAAUGACGUCAACAUGAUCCAAGCGGCCGAUGUGGGAAUCGGCAUCUCAGGCCAGGAGGGCAUGCAGGCUGUGAUGGCCAGCGACUUCGCCAUAUGCCGGUUCAAACACCUCCGGAAGCUGGUGCUGGUGCACGGCCAUUGGUGCCACAGCCGGCUGGCCCACAUGAUCGUCUACUUCUUCUACAAGAACGUGGCCUACGUGAACCUCCUGUUCUGGUACCAGUUCUACUGCGGCUUCAGCGGCACCACCGUGAUCGACAUCUGGCUGGUGAUCUUCUUCAACCUCUUCUACACCUCUGUUCCCCCCAUAAUGUUUGGCAUAAUGGACCGGGACGUCUCCGCAGAGACGCUGAUGGGCCUACCGGAGCUGUACCGGCUGGGGCAGGGGGAAUACAAGUCCUCCAUCUUCUGGGUAGCCAUUCUGGACGCCUUUUAUCAAAGUCUAGUGUGCUUCUUCAUCCCAUACUUGACUUACCGGGGUUCAGACGUUGACGUGUUCACCUUUGGAACCCCGUUGAACACGGUGUCCCUGUUCACCAUCCUACUGCAUCUGUCCAUCGAGAUCAAAGCCUGGACGGCGGUCCACUGGGGGGUCAUGAUGGGCAGCGUGGGGGUCUUCUUCGUCUCUAUCCUGGCCUACAACGCGCUCUGCGUGACCUGUAACCCCCCCGCCAACCCCUACUGGACCCUCCAGGCCCAGAUGGGGGACCCCGUGUUCUACCUGGUGUGUCUCCUCACCACCGUGGUGGCGCUGUUGCCCAGGUACACGUUCCAUGUGCUGCGCAACACGCUCCGCCCCUCUCCGCUGCUGCUGGCCAGGAACCUGGAGCGUCUGGCCCCGGCCGCGCGGCGGCGCUGGACCCAGGGGUGGAGGGGGGGCACGCGGGGGGCGGCGGCCGAGGGGACGCCCCGGGAGGGGAGGACGGCUCCAGGAGAGGAGGGCCCGUCCCCGACCUGGACCCCUCCCCGUCCCCCCCGGCCCCCCGGCACACCACCACCACCACUCCACUUGAACCUCCGGAGAUGACCCCCCCUGGAGGAGGGCGGUGGAGGACCGAGGCGGACCGGACCCGAGUGCGCUAAACGAGGAGAGGAGGGGAGAAGAGGAGCGCUGCACUUAAGGGCCAAUUAUUUAUUAAGGAGAGUGUGGGGACGUAUCUGGAUGUGUCCCAGUUUACAAUAAUAUUACAUAUGUUUUUUUAUGUUUUGUUAUUGGGGGGGAAGGGGGGGUCUGUUGCAUAACAAUACAUCCGGGGAACGAGGUUAUUUAAAACAGGAAAAUGUUCAUUUUCUGACAAAUAAUCGUUGAGGUGAUGAGUUAAUUUCGUGAUGAAUCGCUGGAGUGGAAAGCAGCCCUCCCCUCUCACUGCCUCUUCGCAUCUAACAAGCCUCCAUAGCAAAAGCAUAAGCCUGUUACUGUCUGAUGGCUUUUGAGUACACAGUGGUAACCCCUUCAGUCACGCUACCCGCCCCUCCAAAAAUAUGACAUCUUUCUAGCACAAAGCGGCCUUUAAAAGUCUGUUCCUCCACCUAAAUACCUGAAUGUAGGUUGAAGUGGUUGCUUUGCCUACUUGGUGUUUUAUUCCUGAAGCUUAUCUUACACAAAGCCUGAUGACGACGCAGCAUGCAGAUGACAUGCUAUGGUACGCCUUUUGUUCGUGUGUAGCACUUUGUACGUCUAUAUUUAGGUCGGGGAUGUGUUAAACGCCGAGAGAAAAAACAACACAAGAAUAUAUUAUUUUUGAAAGGCUGGGCCUAUGUGUUGCCAUGUGCAGCGAAUAAACCUCUUAGA